AUGGCCCAGAGCGGUGUGGAUGAUGACUACACCCGGGUGCGGAUUCAGCUGCGCUGGGGACGGUGGGAGCGGACGGGGGCGCGCGGCACGCUGGGGGCACGGGGCAGCCGAGACCGCACCACACCCCCCUCACUGAGUUUCCGCGGUCGCCAUGACGACCAGGGCGCCUGCAACGGCGGCGGCGAUGAGUCGUUGAGGCUGCGAGCUGAGCCCGGCCUCUCUGGACCUCGCUCGAACUCGGCUGGGCCGGCCGGGAGAGUGAUCCAGAGCCAUCCGAACAGGGACUAUGAGAAAAUGGUCGGGCAAACGAGGAGUAAGCUCAAAGAAGCGGCUCCCGAGCCGCUUCAAUCUUCUCGUUCCACGCAGUCCAAGCGGCGGCGCCAGGCCACCGGAGCCGGGGAGCCGGAGACGGAGGAGCCGCCGCAGGAGCAGGUGAAAACGCAGGUGCUGCCUCGGCAGCCUUCGCCUGUAGGCGGCGGGAGCCUGCUAGGGGGCGCCCGGGAAUUCUUGUCCCGAAGAACCCGACAACUGAGACCUGCGAAUUGCCUUCGACUGCAAGUGGGUGCAAGGAACCGUCUACUUGGCCGCUUCCGAUUCCUCCGUUCUUUCCUCGAUCAGCUCCGCGAAAAGGUGCAUAUCUUGCAGACUCAAAAAUUCGCGAGCAGGACCAAUUUGUGCAUAGCUGCCUUUGUGGGAUUUUUACACUGGAUCCAUUUAAUAACACUUUUUGAAAAUGAUCGUCAUUUUUCUCACCUCUCAUCUUUGGAACGAGAAAUGACUUUUCGCACUGAAAUG